AUGGGGGACUCAGGUGCUCCAUCGGACGCGGAAGUUCCGCCCCGCGUCGCCGCGGCGGGCGCUUCCCGCCCCGCCGAGGCUGCCGCUGCAGAGGAAGCGGAGCGGCCGGCGGAAGGAGGGGAAGGAUCGGCGGAUGACGCGCGGACCGCGGCGGAAGUCGCGGCGAAGAAGGCGAAGCGCGACGGUGCGUCCUCGUCGUCUUCUGAACCCGACUCUCUCCCUUCCGCAACCCCCGCUGCUGCUGCCGCCUCUGCUGCUCCCGCCGCUGCUCCCGCUGCACCUGGGGAGCCUCAGGAAGCUUCCGCUGCUGCUCCCCUCACCGCUCCCUCCCCCGCCGCUCCCCCCACCGAGCCUUCCCCCGCCGCGCCCCCUGCGCGCCCGACGGUGUACAAGCUGCGCCAGGCGCACAGCGAGUUGUUCACGGAAGCUUCCGCGUACUUGCUGGGGGAGGAGGGGUGCGUGCUGGUGCUGCAGCGAGGCGACCUCACGAAGUG